CCGUCUCCAUGGUUACAUUGUUGGAAACAGCAGCGGUCGCUGUCUGUGGGAUAAUUCGUUGUUUUUAAAAAUAACACCUUUUAAAGUUUAACGUUAUUUAUUUAAAGUUAACAGAUGAGCAAAUCUAUCACGCACAGUAUCACUAGGAGAAAUGAUGCCAACAAGUAUGUUACGAGGGAACGGCAGUAUGACUACUUGUACGACCCAGUUUACACACUGUCCUCGGAGCUGGACCACGCCAGGUCCAGCUUCAAGGCCUAUGCGUCUAAGGACCGAAUCAGGAGAGUGCCUGAGUUUGAGUCCAUGUUCAGUUGCCUGUCCCACUACCCACGGUCUACUGUUCAGCUGAACCCUUCAGACCCUGUACCGGUCUCUAUUGAUCGGCGCUGGCGAGGCCACACGGAACAGCGCAGAGAGGCACUGCAGCAGCUGGCUGGGGUUGUUGUUCCAAGGGAGAAGUGCCAUGUGACUGGAGCUGAUAGCUGGAAAUACUAUAAACGCCCUCUGAUUCCCUUUGGUCAGCCGCCUCUCCAAGCUGUGAUUUUUGAUACGCCGAGAGAAGAUGUCAUACCAACUGGUGGAAACAAUGCUCAGCAACAGCCCACCCAUUUCACUGUGGGUGUCCAGACAGACUACAGGGAAAGUGAAACACAAACAGACCCAUACAGCCCUGAGUAUGUGGUUCAGCCUGGGACAACCCCUUCAGAGCUCCUGCAACUGGCAGCUUUGACUUGGGGUCAUGGUUUGCCUGCAGGCCUUGCAGAAGUGGAAAUGAUACAGCGGGCACGUGCCAAGCGAGCCUGGGAGGCCACGCUUCCUCCUUUGGAUGACCUCAGUCAGCUGGACAAAAGGAGACGAAUGAUGGAGGAGAUGGAGGCCAAAGAGUGGGCUUUCAGAGAGGGAGAAAUUCAGAAGUUACAAGAGGCUCGUCUCGAUGUGCUGAAGGACCUCUUGAAGCGACGAGACGAGGCCCAGAAAGAAGUGACAAGCCAGAGACUGAAUCAGAUAUAUUCCAAGCACCAAAAAGAGAGGGAGGCCAAGCAAUACAAGAUUCACAAUGACUACAUGAGGUCGCUGAGAAAAGUAGAAGCUCAGUGGAGAAAUGUGACGGGCAAGCUAGAGCGACCUGGCAUUGUCAGAGACUACACAGAUUGUAAGACAUACACACUGCGGACCAGCAGAGACACGUUCACGGACAGGGACACACGCAAUAAUGGGUUAAAAAGUUACUACUUAGACACAUAUGAAGGCUUGCUCAAGCUAGAGGCAGGACUCUCGCCCUCAGUCCUCAAGCCACAAGUGAAAACACCCAAACAAGUCAAGCCCUUCAGUAGCAGAGCGGUAGAAGUGAUGAUGGAAUACAAGGCACUGAGGGAGGAGAUAAAGGAACAAGAGAAGCCGCUGCGUUUUCUUGUCAAGAAGGAGAAGCCAGUACCUCGUCCUGUCUCUCCAAGAGUGGAGGAGACACCGGAGGGGGAGGAGGAGACAGAGCUCGCAGUCAUCUACUUGCAGAAACUCCUUAGAGGAAGAAGCAUCCAAUACGAGAUGUUCAAGGGCAAGGAGAACCACCAGGAGCUCAUCCAGGAACUGAGGACUGUCCACGCCCUGCAGAGGGAGGAACAGGAGCUACAGAGAGCCGACAAAGAGCUCGUAAUAACCCUGAAAAAGCAAAGAGACGAACAUCAGCACAAGAGCUCUCAAGAGGAGGCAUCUCAGGCCAGAGUGGUAGGUGCGGAGCUUGAACACCUAUUUGACACCUUGUCCAAGGAGCUGAUUCACCUCCAGGAAGAGCGUAGGAUCCACGCCUUCACGCUGCUGGCUGAGCGAGAACGUCGCCUACGAGAGGCUGAGGAGAGUGGGAGGAGACAGGUGGAGGAGCGCAGACGCAGAGAAGAGGAUGAGAUCUUCAGACAAAUAGUGCAGGUACACCAGGAAACUGUAGAUCUGUAUCUGGAGGAUGUCAUCCUUGAGACUUUGGAGCAGACAGCUGACCAGCAGGCUCGGGAGGAGAUCCGCAGGAGGGCAAAGCAGGUCAACGACAUCGCUUAUGCCAUGGAGGAAAGCCGGAACAAUCUUCAGUCAGAGGAGAUUGUGUCAGAGUUGGUCUACAGUUUCCUUAUCCCCGAGAUCGAGAGGGCCCGUGUCAGACAAAGAGUGCACCAGAGGCAGCAUAGACACUUGCAGGCAGCUCAGAGUAUAAUUCAGCGGGCUGCAGAUCAUUCUGGGAUCCUUCCAGGUGCUGUGGAGGCCUCACAGUCGACCUGUCCUGCUGAGAGAGUCUCAACAGGACUCCUCGAGGAGUUAAUCAACCAAGUGGAGCAGGAGCAGGGGAAGGAAGUAGAGCUGCACCACACUCCAACUGAGUAGAGGACUAAAAUGAUUUAAAGUACACUGAGAUACAGUCUGA